CCCAGAGCCCCAGAUGACCUUGUUCGCGCCGACAGACGAAGCUCUGGCUAAAGUCCCCGCUCAGGACCUGGCUGCCCUCACAGCUGACCCCCAGAAGCUGGCCCAGGUCCUCAGCUACCACGCCGUGGGAGACACAGCCUUUAAGGUCAGGGGAAGGACGAACGACAAAGUCCUGACUGCCGUCUCUGGGCAGCCAGUUAGGGUCAAUCUCUAUAACAUUUUGCACGUGGCUUCAGCGGAGGGCGUCAAGAUCACUGAGAGAGACAUCCAUGUGGACAACGGCUACGUUCAGGGCAUUGACGGCAUCAUGGUACCCCCCGAGGGCGACAUUGUCGAUCUGGUGACCAAGAGAUCUGACAUGAAGACUUUGGGCUUAUUGCUUAGUAAGGCUGGUCUGAUAGAUGUCAUUAAAGAUACCCUGCUGUAUCACGUCGUUAACAGGUUGACGCUGUACAGCGUAGGUAUGAGAGAUUCCAUGACGUUCACUACCGCGGACAGAAAACACGACAGGGUUAUGCUGAUCGACGAUGGAUCCGGUGACAUAUUCCUGAACCACGCUAAGGUGACUGAGAAGGACAUCAGCGCCACCAACGGAGUGAUCCAUGUCCUGGACGAGGUGCUGGUGCCCAUCAGCGUUCUCCUCAAGAUAGAAGAGGCGGGACUGUCCUUGGUUGGAUAGACUACAAAAAUGACGUUUUGGUGCGCAUGCACACGAACUUCAGGACUGGCGAAAUGUUUCACUACGCUUGAGAAUUUUAGAUUUUGCUUGAGAAUUAUUGUGGAUUUUGCUUGAGAAUUUUGGAUUUUGCAGAGUAGAGUCGCCAGCAAUGGAGAAAUAGCUUUGUGGGAUUCAGUUGAUUGCUUUCAAUAGACGAUGUUGGUCUUAUUUAGAAUUUUAAAAGAGUGGCUCUAAUGUCUUGUUGAUUAAUAUUCAUUGUUAAUCGCGCUGUUCUUAUUAAAAGUUAUCUGUCUGUACUUUUUAAA